AUGUCAUCUGGAAAAAAAGUAGAUAAGUCUAACUCGACAAUACCUUCUGGCAGCACUGGUCAAGGAAUUAUUAGUAUGCAGCCUUCAGGUGUCCAACAAAUGCAGACUACCUAUUCCGAAACAUUUUCUUUAGGUAAUAAUCCUCAUGGAUUUUAUAGCACAAUGAUGAAUACUUUAGGAAAUAUUUGUGGGUUUUUUGGAUCAGUAAUGCAAGGAAAUGUUGGGCUAAUUUCGCGUUUCGGCAAAUUUUAUAAAAUUGUUGAUCCAGGCUUGACUAAAGUGAAUGUUAUGACUGAAAAGCUGUUUCCGGUCGAUAUGAGGAUACAAAUUACAGAAAUUCCAAAGCAAGCCAUAAUGACUAAGGAUAAUGUAUAUGUUCAUAUAGAUUCUGUUCUAUAUUGGCAUAUAAUUGACCCUUAUCAAGCUACCUUUGGUGUCACUGACGUUCGCAGAGCUCUUGUUGAUCGGACUCAAACUACGUUGAGGCAUACUCUUGGCACACGUGUUCUUCAAGAUUGCAUCGAAAGUCGUGAAGCUAUUGCUUUCGAAAUAAAAGAAAUUAUUGAUGAACCUGCUCAUGGUUGGGGAGUUAAAGUUGAAAACAUUUUAAUUCGUGAUAUUUCAUUCUCUACUGAAUUACAAAAAUCUCUUUCUUCCGCUGCUCAACAAAAAAGGAUUGGUGAAAGCAAAGUUAUUUUAGCUCAGGCCGAAGUUGACUCUGCUAAACUAAUGAGACAAGCCGCUGAACUCUUAAAUUCUCCUGCUGCUAUGCAAAUUCGAUAUCUUGAAGCAAUGACUUCAAUGUCAAAAGCCUCGGGAUCAAAAGUAAUUUUCAUGCCUUAUUCUCCUGGACAAAUCCAAUCUUUUGGAACUACAAAUGACGCAAGUUCUAGUAGUACGGGGUUUGGUGGUCUUAAUCCGAUUACUGCAUCAAUUUAUGAAACUAUAGCCGAUAAAAAAUAA